CGGCCUGCUCCGGCGUACACAGCCGAGGUCCGGAGCGCUAAGGAGACUAAUUCAUGGCGUCACAUAUUAUCAACAUUGUCGCUUUGAGUUUUAAUGGUAUUUCAUUAUUAAUGCCGCGUGUCUUGUUUCUUUUGUCUCGCAUUUUCGAUAGCAUCGAACACUCGCAAUGCCGCCAACAAUAACAAUAAGCCCCGCCGAGCUUUCCCAGCAUAGAAACAUGGCGUCUCUCUGGAUUGCCAUUGAUGGCGAGAUCUACGAUUUCACCGAGUUUGCCCCGACCCAUCCUGGCGGCGUGGAUGUUCUGCUCCAGCACGCCGGCGGCGAUGGUACCGCCGCCUACAACGCCGUGCAUUCCGCCUCCCUCGUCAAGUCCGUCCUCCCCGAGUCCAAACACGUCGGCCGACUCUCCUCGCCACUGCCGGUCUCCCCGUCAACAAUGCUGUUGCCCAACAAGGCAGCGCCAAAACCACCGUUAUCCCGCCUCAUCUCUGUCAACGACUUCCGCCUGGCCGCCCACACCUUCCUCCCGCCCAAGACGCUCGCCUUCAUCUCUUCUGCAGCAACAGACUGCCACACUCACCGCCGCAAUAGCACCACCUACUCGGAGAUUACCCUCCGGCCCCGUGUCCUGGUCGACGUGUCCGCCCCUGUCUCCCUCGAGACCACCAUCCUCGGCCGGGCCGCAGCCUCUCCCAUCUUCGUCUCGCCAACCUCGCUCGGCAAGACGGUCCAUCCGGAGGGCGAGCUCGAGGUCGCGCGCGCCUGCAAAGAGCUCGGCGGCAUUGCCCAGGUAGUCAGCACCAGCGCAAGCUUCUCCGUCGCCGACGUCGUCCGCGCAGCAGCAGAGCACCCCAGUCCCGAUCCACCUUCUUCUUCGUCACCCUCUUCCGCCAACCACAGUAACGAACCGCACCCCGUCUUCCUCCAGCUCUACGUGGACAAGAACCAAUCCAAGACCGCCUCACUCCUCCAAUCCCUCACGGGAAGCAAAACCAACACCCCCUCCCAGAUCCAAGGCGUCUUCCUGACCGUCGACGCCCCGGUAUCAGGCAAGCGCGAGGCCGACGAGCGCGUUCCACCCCCUCCCACCGCCACCACCACCACCACAACAAUAGCAACGCCCAUGGCCACGCCACUCACCCCGUCCUCGGACAAGCGAGGCUCCGCGCUGGGGCGACUCAUGGCGUCGUACAUCUCGCCGUCGCUGACGUGGCAGGCCACGCUGCCCUGGCUCCGCUCUCUCCUCCCGCCGCACGUGCCGCUGGUGAUCAAGGGCAUCCAGACGGCGGCCGACGCGGUCCGGGCCGCGGAGGCGGGCGCGCGGGCGAUCGUGAUCUCGAACCACGGCGGGCGCAGCCUGGACACCAGCCCCGCGACGGUCCUCGUGCUCCUGGAGCUGCAGCGGUGCUGCCCCCGCGUGUUUAACGAGGUGGAGGUGUUUGUCGAGGGCGGCGUGACGCGCGGGACCGAUGUGUUCAAGGCGCUGUGUCUCGGGGCGAAAGGGGUCGGGGUCGGCAGGGGGGUUCUGUAUGGUUUGGGAUGGGGCAAAGACGGCGUAAGGAAAGUCCUAGAGAUUCUCAACGAUGAGUUGGUGACGACCAUGAAGAUGUGCGGCGUCACCCGGCUGGAUGAGCUGCACCCGGGCCUGCUGAACACGCGGGCGGUUGAUCAUCUGGUGCCCGCGGAUCUGAGCGAGGAGCAUCCAUAUGCGAAGUGGAGGAGGAGCAAGCUUUGAAGGGUCUUGUUCUGAUGCUGAAUGACUCUUGGCUUGAGCUUCUCCUAAUAGUCAAACGACUUGAGUUCCAAACUUGAAUUGUGGCAGUCCCGCGUGUGGGUUGUUUUGAGACCACGUAGAUUAUGA